UUGCGUCACAAGGUGGAGUUGUUGACGCGAACGUGCUGAAAAAACACGCAAUUACUGUACUUGUGAAUUCUUUUUCUCGAUUUUUCUUUGAAAUCAAUGCAGAGAGUGGAAUGAUCAAACGGUGUAAAAUAUUAGAUCUGUUAUCAGUUCGAGUCGAAUAUUAAAAUGGACAAAAUUGUUAACGAUUCGUUUUACAAUAAGUUUUCAACAACAAUGAAAAAAUAACCUUUUGACGCUCACCGCGGUGCGAUAAACAAGAAGUUAAAAUGAUAAGGUGGUAUUUUAACAAUCGUAAUUAUACCAGGUGACGCAUAACAAUUGAUUGCUCGAACGGGGGAAAAGUUGGUCUAAAUUGUCUGCUCGAAAGAGACUUUGAAAAAUUGACAAAAAUCUGGAAUCAUGGGGAGCUCAGUUAGUACAAAACAAAUUACCCAGGAAAAGCUGGAGGAGUAUUGCCAGCUGACUUUUUUAACGAAAGCCGAAAUCAUGCACAUUUACAAGCUCUUCAAAACCUUAGGACCAGAAGAAUUGCAAGAAGAUUUUAAAUAUAGAUUCCCUGUCGAAGACAUUGUCAAGAUUUUUCCAGCGAUUAGGCACAAUCCUUUCCGCGAUUCAAUCAUGAGGGUCUUCUCUUCAGAACAAGACGGUCAUUUUAGCUUCGAGGAUACUCUCGACCUGUGUUCUGCACUUUCAGAAAAUUGCCCGGAGGAGGUCCGAGCCGCUUGGGCAUUUCGAAUUUUCGACUUCGAUGGCGAUAAUCAGCUGUCGCUUGACGAUUUGAUCGAGUCUAUAGAGAGAUUAACUGGUUUAAACGAGAACAGCGAGCCUCGAAUUGAUCGGCCAAGUUCCGAGUACAUUGCCCAAGCGGUACUUCAAGAGAUGGACAUGGACCAUACCGGAAGUGUAGCCCCUCAAGAGUUCGUCCACAUCGUUUCCAGGAUGCCAGAGUUCACGCUCACUUUCAGAUUUAUGCCCUAGCUACGAGGAAAGCAGACUAUCGUGGGUAUAAUUAAGAAACGAGCACAUCAAUUGGAACGGAAUUCUACGAGAGGACCGUGGAUUGAAUUACUACGUGUUAAUGAACGUCAUGAAUAACAUACGAAGUUUUGAAAAGUGCCAACGUUUAAUAAAUUCAACAGUAUUAGUUCGUAAUUACCGUUCAAAUGUCGUUAAAAUACACUGAAAACUGCAACAGUAAGUCGAUCAAAAUCGUAUUCUAGUCAGGGUAAUUCGUUAAAAAUCUCUGAUUGCGCAAUUGGCUUUUGGAUAAAAAUUAUUAUAUAUCAUAUGUGUAUUAAAUUAUGACAA